AGACACAGAUUUGUAGUUUUGUUCGAAAGUAGCCUAAUAAAGUUGCUUGAUGAACUACGCUAUGAGCCAAAAGCUACAAAAGGAAACUGGAAGUUUUUUUUUUUUCGUACCGAUUUGUCUUUUAAAACAAGGGCUUUCGAAGCAAACCACGGACUACAACAUGCCACGGAGCAGCCUCCGGAGCUUCUUCCCCACCCGGAAGUGCUUUGUGUUCGACCGUCCCGCCAAUGCAGAGAAGAUGAAGCACAUGGAUGACCUGAGCGACGAAGACUUGGAACCCUCCUUCGUGGAGCAAGCCAGGAGCUUCUAUAAUCACAUCAUGAGCGAAACCAAAACCAAAACCAUGAAAGGGGGCUAUUAUAUGACUGGCAGAAUGCUGGGGAACCUCGCAAAGGUGUUUGUGGACACUAUCUGCAGUGGCCAGAUUCCCUGCCUGGAAAAUGCAGUUGUGGCUCUGGCCCAGAUUGAGAACUCUAAUGCAAUAGCUGCUGCUGUGAAGUUCUACAAGGAAGAGAUGGCCAGUUGGGUUGCCUUCCCAACUGAAACACAGGAGGAGCUGUCACGUAUACACGGCAAUGUCGAGAAAAAUGCUGUCGAGAUCUUCAUGAACCUCUGCUUCAAGGAUGAGGAUCAGAAAAACCAACUUGAGCUAAUGAAACUGCUGCAGACAGAGUAUGCGUCAAUCUGCGAGAAGAAUGUUGUUGAAUCGCAGAAGGCUUGCGAGUCCAUCAUCGGGCAAAUAUUUGGGCCUCUGGAGAAAAAUAUUGCAUCUAGACAAUACAUGUCAGUUGGAGGAUACCAGCAGUACCGCAAGGCGUUACAAAACGGCAUCUCAAAAUACAGAUCAGCACUGGGAAAAGGAAUAAAGGAUGAGGAAUGUCUAAAGGAAUACCUGGCCAAGAAACAACCUGUUGAGCAAGCCAUAAUGACUGUGGACCAAUCUCUCAGUGAUGCACAACGGAAGGAAGAAGAAAAUCGGGCAAAAAUGGAGGCCAUGGAGAGAGAGACUCGUGCUUCUGAGGAGCAGAGAAAGAUCACGGAGAGGCAGCUGAUCGACCAGGAGCGAACCUUCAAAGAGAACAUGAAGCAGCUGGAGGAAAAGUUGGAAGAGGACAAGAAGAAUGCUGCAAAGGAGUUAGACACGGUCCUGAACAGCAAGCUGCAGGAACAGGAGGAGCUUUUUAAGCAAGGCUUCGAAGAGAAGGCACAGCUCAUGAAGGAUGAAAUUGAUUCCCUCAAGAGGGAGAAGGCUGAAAACGAGUCCCGUUCAUAUUUUCCUGAUAUUUUGAGUGCCAUGGGACAAGCUGCCGCCAUAUUUUUGCCAGGAAUCAUCCCAAAGGUAUUAGGGGUAGGUGUCUCAGCUCUUUCAAGCCUGUUUAAAAAAUAGGCUGAAGAAGAAUAACAGUUCUGAGACACAGUAACCUGUCAUUUGUGCUGUGAAACAUGUCACAAUCGACACUGUCACCGUUUUAAAGUGCCCAAAACUUUGUUUGAACGUCUCUCUUCUCUCUGCCAUAAGGAGCGAGAAGCCGUAAAGUAAAACUAUAAAAGUACAGCGCUGUGAAAACAAUAUCUUAUUCCUAGGUGCAGGGUAGAAAAGGGGUUUUAACUCUGAUUCUGAGGUUGUAGGUCUGAUUCCCAGAGUGUGCACUGCUGUUGCACCCUUAGGUACUAAACCUGAAUUGUAUCGUGCUUAAAAUAUUAUGAGCGUAACCUCUUGUAGCGGCAGCAGUAUCAUUGCUUUUUUGGGACAGACAAAUGCAAUGACAUGGAUUCAAUCAACAUUUGUCCUUAACUUUGGCAUACAGGGAAACAAAAGUGUAAGUAUUACACUUUUUCGCCACAAACUCAGUUUGGCAAGUUAGUCUCAGUGAUUGCUAAACUCAGCAAACUAUGUGAAGAGAGAAAAAUUGUUCAAUCACAAAUCACAAUUUGUGAUUUUAAUUAGUUUGUCAAUGUUAAGGACAAAUGACUGAAUCUCAGCUAUGGUGUGGGUAUCAUGCAAAAUGUUUAGCAUUUCCAAAAAUAGUAUGAAUUCACAGCAACAGCUAUUUGUUUUGAAGUAGUUGUUUGUUUUACGGGAUUUUAAUUUAUUUGAACACAAUAUGAUUUAAUCUCAUGGGUUUCUGUACCAAUGUCAUAUGCUGCUGAAUUAUGAGACAUUUGAAUAAUGAAAAAGAAUAAAACACAGACAUGGCUUUUUGAGCAGCACCAACAAA